UUAAGGGUUAAGAACUUUGCUACCGUACUAAAAAUAUAUGGAUUAAGCUCUUGCACCGUUGGUUGGCUUUUCAUCCACCCCUUUCGUCGUACAAGGUAUCAAAAACCACUCUGAUUUCAUCCUCUGACCUUCGAAUUGUCGUAAAAAAUCAUCCAUAACCCCUUCUCCUUCUGCUUUUCAUCUCCACCACUAGCAAUCUCAUUGACCAGCGUCAACAACCCAUUUUUUAGCAAAGAAAAUCCUCUAUCGCAACCAGUCGUUUGGCGGUUAAGUAGUCCAUCACCACCCCUACUUUGUCGCCCUUGUAAUUCAGUCUAUCGGCCAGGUUUUCCAUGUGAUGGAGAUCGUUAUUCGAAAUAAUAAUGUUUGGCUUCGGGAUAAGCCUUUACCUUUCUCGUGGAGACUUUAUAUGUGGCGCUUGCUUUUUUUUUUAUUGUGUAAUUUGCUCGGACGCGAAGACUGGUCCAUUUGCUAUGCCAAUAAUGACUUUUUUCCCAUGGAGUCUUUGAUGGCUUGUGUUUUUAUAUGAACUUUUUUUAGGUUCCACCUAUCUGUUGUUUCAAGUUUGCAACGUUUCCAACACUAGGAAAGGAAGGGUUGGCAACCAUUGUAUUGGCUUGAAUCCACCUUCGCUCCCUUUGAUUCAAGUGUUGAAUCCUCUUAGGUUGCCUGACUAGGGCAUUAGCUUUAUUGGCUAUUAAGGCCUUUGUUUUGUAUUGGUUGAAGCUUUGGCUUUUAUUAUUUGUUAGAAACUUUUGCUCUCAUUCGCAUGGACCGAAUUUGACUCCAAUUACUUUUUCUCAUUGAGAGAGGGGAAAAGGCCCUUAAAAGAAAGCAAAUGUAAUCCCUCCGGAUGGAAACAUGUACGUUGCAAAUGCUCCAAGUACAGAGUUACAAAGUCAAAUUUGAGAAUGUGAAAUGAAAGAAUCCAAUAAAGGGUUUUUAAUUUUCACAAGGAAAAAACAGUCAGAUUUAACAUGCUCGGUGAAGCUUUAAAGAGGAGCAAAAAUGAAAAAGAAAAACAAAGAUCCAACUACCAAAAAUUAUAUCAAGUGCAGUAUUUUUCAAGGUUCAUUUCGCUCCCCUACAAAGGUACACCACUCUUCGACUCAGUGAUUGACUGCUGUUAAAUCUUUUUCUUCAUUACCAAUUUACUAUAUUUUCUCACUCCCAUUCCCCGUAAUUCACUAAAAUGCCCCUCUUCUCUCACCGCUCCUCCGCCUCCAGCGGUUCCGCGGGAUCCGCUCCGCUUCCUUCCUUCUACUCCGCCAAACCCGUCAAGCCCUCAAAGCCCUUUUCCGCCUUUUCCUCAACUCGAAUUCCUUGGCCCAUUCUCGUCUUUUCACUCCUCUGCCUCCUCAUCGGUCUCGCCGGCACCCUCUUCGCCCUCUCCGCCAUCCGCCGCAACCAACCCUUGCCCAUCUUCCGAUGCGGUACAUCCGAGGACACUUUCCGUUCCUUUUACUCUUCCUUGGAUUCGGGGAAGCUCGGCGAUGACAGUAACAAAGGCUUGGUUGAUCGCCCCAAGCUUCUCGGGUUCGUCGGCAUCCAAACCGGAUUCGAAUCGGGUGAACGCCGGUCCGCCCUUCGUAGCACCUGGUUUCCUUCCGACCCAGACGGCCUUUUGAGGCUGGAGCAAGCUACCGGUCUAGGUUUCAGAUUUGUGAUAGGGAAAUCAAAAGAUGUGAAGAAAAUGGCAAUGCUGGAGAAAGAGAUUGAAAAGUACAGAGAUUUCAUGCUCAUAGAUGUUGAAGAAGAAUAUCUUAAGCUCCCUUACAAAACAUUGGCAUUCUUCAAAGCAGCUUUUAAGCUUUUUGAAGCAGAUUAUUAUGUCAAAGCUGAUGAUGACAUUUAUUUGCGUCCAGAUCGGCUUGCGACUCUUCUAGCUAAGGAACGAAGCUAUUCAAUGACUUACAUUGGGUGCAUGAAGAAGGGACCGGUGAUCACUGAUCCCAAACUGAAAUGGUAUGAGAAAUCAGGACAUCUGAUUGGAAAUGAGUAUUUCUUGCAUGCUUAUGGUCCUAUCUAUGUUCUCUCUGCAGAGGUGGUGGCUUCAUUGGCAGCUGCUAGGAAUGACAGUUUGAGGAUGUUCAACAAUGAGGAUGUCACUAUUGGAUCAUGGAUGCUAGCUAUGAACGUGCAUCAUGAAGAUAACAGAGCAAUAUGUGAUCCUAGAUGUACUCCUACAUCAAUAGCAGUCUGGGAUAUUCCAAGAUGCUCAGGUUUAUGCAAUCCGGCCAGCAAACUUAAGGAGCUUCACAAGAUUGGAAUGUGCUCCAAGAGCCCAACAUUGCCACCUGAUGACAUAUAAUUCCUGUUUGGCUUGAUUUUAGCCAGGACCUCGAUCGCGCAAGGUAGGUUAGUUUCUUAAAGCAACCUCCAAAUGCGAUAAAUGUUGUGUUCUUAUUGUUUAACCAGUUAAAUCAUUCUAUAUUCUUUUGCCAUGUGCCGCCACGAAGCUACCGGAAAUUAGAAAAAGAAAACUCCAUAAUGAAAUGUACAUCAUAGGUCCUAUUGGACAAUAUGUAAGAUUGCUGUGCUAUAAAAGCAUUAGGGGAAACAAAGGUGGUGGUUAUGCAGGAGUAGUUAGCCAUUUGAAGAGAUUAGAUAAAGAUUGUAGUGUUUGUAUUCAUUUGAUCAAUAUAGGGUUUCCUUGAGGGACAAUUAUCAUCCCAAAAUAUAUAUGUAUUUGUAUUUUGUAUUGUAAUUAUGUUAUCAUACAAGUUGCUCACCUAUCGAAA